CCCUUUUUAAUCAAUGAGUAACCUCAUUUGAAGAAAGAGACGUCAUGUUGUUUGUUUAUUCUCUGCCUGGCAACAUUUCUACAUUUCUGACAAGGUACCUACCUCGCGUGCCAGCCGCCAUCUUUAGGCCGUAUAGUUUUGUAGUACGUCAGGUGUCAAGCGAACAACAACAUUGGAUUUGGAUUGCGAUUUUUAUCAAUAAAAACGCUCCUAAUUAAAUUGUUUUGUGCUGUAAGUGUCUGGUGGUGCAUAUUCAAUAUGUGUACUAGUUCAAUAAUUCAGUGUGGGGCAAGGAAAAGCCCCAAUCAACCUCAUUUGACUACGCACAGAUUCCCUAGAAAUGAAGUGCUGCGUCAGAAGUGGCUUGAAGUCAUUGGGACGAAAAAUAUCAAACCUGGACUUAAAGCGUCACGUAUUUGUUCAUUACACUUUGCAGUAUUAUUCUUCAAUAAACAAUUACAACACAUACUGGUAUUUUUUUAAACCAUUUAUUUUUACGAGCACACAAGCGCUUAAGUUCCUGUAUCGGAUUCAGGCGGAAGAAACACCCCGGUGCCACCAUUUUGUGGACUAUGCACCGCCCGGAGACCGGUAGAGAGAGAUAAGAGAUAAUAAACGGGGACAUUUGGGUAUGGUUUUAGCCAGUAAUAGUCUGACGUGCCCCCCGCUCUACCCAGAGCGCUAGAAGUCAUUCGAUGAUUUGUACCUUAAAAAAACAUCCAAAGUACCAGAAGAUUUUUAAUGUAUAAAACUUGGCUAUCGAUAUCGAUACUUUUUGGUUUUGACUACAGUCUUCCCUAGCAAUGGCAGCCAUAUUUAGGCCGCGGUUUCUAGUAGGUAUGCACGCGUAUUUUGUAGGUAUUUCUGGUCCAUAUUAUAGUAGG